AUCAUCACAACCGCCCCUCCUUCCUUUCCUACAAAGUAAAGAAAUGAAAAGUGUCCAAACAUACAUAUUUUUUGUUUAUUUCAUUUUUAAAUAUACAAAACUAUUUCUAAUAUUUGAUUUAUAAUUUUUAUAAUUAACAAACAAUGUAAAAGCAUGAUACAAAAGUUAAAUUAUUAUUACCAUGAAAAUUUGUAUUAAUAAAUCAACAUAUGAUGAGCAAUAAAUAUAAAUAUGCAUAACUUUCUUUUUUUGAAAGAAAUGAUUACCUGGUAAUUUAUUUUCUGAAAUUUAAUUAUGAUGAAAUAUGGAAAUUAUAUAGCAUGAUAAUAACGGUAGGAUAUGUAUGUAUUAAAUAAUAAAAGGGAAAUAGUGAAUGAUUUGAUAUGGGGUUGCUUGUGUGCAAGUCUCAUCUAAAAAGAAAGCACCCAAAACACACCUGGCUCUCAUCGCAUUCUCUUUCUCUCUCUUCUAAUAUUAUUUGGUUCCACAGCAUAAACAAACCCUAGCUUAGCAUAUCAUUGCAUUGCAUAAUCUAUAACGCAAGGUAAUUUCUGUCUUCGCUCUCCGUUCCUUUUACCUGUAAUUUCGUUGCCUAAUUUUGGUUACACCAUUCUCUGUCAUCUCCCCUUUCUCUUAUUUCUUUCUUCCCCUUUUCCCUUACUUUCCGCGUUUUUGCCUCUUCAAUUUUUUGGGCCUCUUCGGGUGUUCUGCAUUUUCCCUAAUCCGAUUUGGCCUAAAUUUCGCCGUUCCUUUUUUGUUUUGCUUUUAUCUUUUGAUGGACCGCAGAGACUUCCACCAUCGACCUGCUCAUUUGGUAAGCUUUUCCCUCUCCGCUCUAAAUUCGUUCCUCAAUUCCUUCAUUCUUCUCUGUGUUUUCAACUUUUGUUCCGUCACGCUUCCUGUUCCUCCUUGAAACUCUAAUUGUUCGAUCAAUUGGGUCAAUCAAGGAUUUUGACCCCGUCGCUUUUGAAUUUCAUUAUCCUCCGAAAUUAAACAUUUCAAAUUCUUCAAUUUAAUUUAAAUCUGUGUUGGGUUGCACUCGGAGUUAUAAAGGCUUUUUCAAUGUUAUAAUGUUUGUGGGAUGAAUGUGAUGGGCGAAAUGUAGGGUGUGAAUAUCGGAACGGAAAUGUUUUUCUGUCGGCAUAUCAAGCAUCAAUUUCUUCGAGCAUUGUGUGUGACCAAUGCCCGUCAUGGCCUGCUUCUCUAAAAUUCAUGCUAUUAUUAACCGAAUUUGUUUUUCACUAAUCGUUAAUUUUUAUGCAGCAAUUAUCAUUAAAUAACUGGCAAUGAGCUCAUUUUAUUACUUUUUAAUGCUGAAAGUGGACCCUUUAUCUGGGACUGGGAGAUAGGUUAAAUAUACCUGUUUGAAUGUUUAUGCUUCUUGUGACAUCAUGCAGGCACAUGCUUCUUCUCCUCCCGAUUACUUUGGCCACCUGGGAAAUAAAACUUACAAAGACGAUAUAUAUUUGAGGAAGAGGACGAGAAUGCGUCGGUGGCUUUGUUGUACCUGUCAGGUGGAAGAGUCUUACCCAUCAAAUGAAAAUGAACACCUGAAAAGUCCAAGGAAUUAUGGAGACGGCAAUCAAAAAGGCUCAAAGGUGUCGGCUCCUGUCAAGCCCGAAACACAAAAGGCGCCACCACCUAUUGAAGUUCCAGCAUUAUCUUUAGAUGAGCUGAAGGAAAAGACUGACAACUUUGGUUCAAAGGCAUUAAUUGGUGAAGGAUCAUACGGAAGGGUGUAUUUUGCAACCUUAAACAAUGGAAAAGCUGUGGCUGUGAAAAAGCUCGAUGUUUCAUCUGAACCCGAAACAAACAACGAGUUUUUGACCCAGGUUUCCAUGGUUUCAAGAUUGAAGAAUGAAAAUUUUGUUGAGUUGCACGGUUACUGUGUUGAAGGAAAUCUUCGUGUACUUGCGUAUGAGUUUGCUACUAUGGGCUCUCUUCAUGACAUAUUGCAUGGUAGAAAGGGAGUUCAAGGGGCACAACCAGGGCCAACUCUUGAUUGGAUACAACGAGUUAGAAUUGCAGUUGACGCAGCAAGGGGAUUAGAAUAUUUACAUGAGAAAGUUCAACCACCCAUUAUACACAGAGAUAUCAGAUCAAGUAAUGUGCUCAUCUUUGAAGAUUACAAGGCUAAGGUAGCUGAUUUCAACCUUUCUAAUCAAGCCCCUGACAUGGCUGCACGCCUUCACUCUACUCGUGUAUUGGGAACUUUUGGGUAUCAUGCUCCAGAAUAUGCAAUGACUGGCCAGUUGACUCAAAAAAGUGAUGUCUACAGUUUUGGUGUUGUUCUUCUUGAACUUCUUACAGGAAGGAAGCCUGUUGAUCAUACCAUGCCUCGAGGACAGCAGAGUCUUGUCACAUGGGCUACUCCAAGAUUAAGUGAAGAUAAAGUGAAACAGUGCGUAGACCCAAAACUGAAGGGAGAAUACCCCCCCAAAGGAGUUGCUAAGCUUGCAGCUGUUGCAGCGCUGUGUGUGCAGUAUGAAGCUGAGUUUAGGCCAAAUAUGAGCAUUGUUGUUAAAGCACUCCAACCACUUCUCAAGUCUCCUGCUCCUGCACCAGAAAGUUGAAGAUCUAUUGCACAGCUCGAUUCAAUUAUAUCCAGAUUUCAUCAGAACUGCAGAUAUAUCUAUAUAUAUUUUCUCUUUUUGUUUGAGAUUGGAUGUGUAGGAUUGGAUUGGCCGGUUUCAUGUCAUUGUUAAAUUCCAUGUAUUUGUGGUAUAACCUGUAGUGUGACGUCUAUGGAGCCAUAAUGCAACAAUGGGUGUGGGUUGCGCGGGGUGGAUAUUUGUGAGCGUAAAUGAUGUUGUCACUUAACGAUAAUUUCCCAUAUUCUUUAUUUGCUUCUUGCUAUUCAACUGAGCUGAUACUUUGCUUGAAAGACCUAUAUUUGUUGGACUUUUUCUGUGUAUGUAUGCGGUAACAGGGAUUAUAAUUUAUAAUUUUUGUUUAAGUAAUUUUCUUAGCCCUGAAUGUUACUUUCUGCCGUAAUUUGCAUGUUGUCUAUUUGGAA